GAGCCUGGGAGCGCAGCGGCCACGGAGGAGGCGGCGGCAGGCGGGAGCGGCAGCGGCGGCACAGGCACCGGGCCAGCCCAGCGCGCAUCCCCAGCACCCUGCGCUGCGGAGAGCUCGGAGGAGCGCGGGAGCCGCGACACGGGAGUGGACAAAGCAAGAUGGCAGGGAUCUUAGCCUGGUUCUGGAACGAGCGGUUUUGGCUUCCGCACAAUGUCACCUGGGCAGACCUGAAGAACACAGAGGAAGCCACCUUCCCUCAGGCGGAGGACCUUUACCUCGCCUUCCCCCUGGCCUUCUGCAUCUUCAUGGUGCGGCUCAUCUUCGAGAGAUUCAUAGCGAAACCAUGUGCCAUAGCCCUCAACAUCCAGGCCAAUGGACCACAAAUUGCCCAGCCAAACGCCAUUCUGGAAAAGGUCUUCAAUGCUAUAACAAAGCAUCCUGAUGAGAAGCGAUUGGAAGGGCUCUCCAAGCAGCUGGACUGGGAUGUACGGAGCAUUCAACGCUGGUUUCGACAAAGACGCAACCAGGAAAAACCAAGCACCCUGACCAGGUUCUGCGAGAGCAUGUGGAGAUUUUCCUUUUACCUGUAUGUAUUUAGCUACGGAGUCCGGUUCUUGAAACAGACCCCUUGGCUGUGGAAUACAAGACACUGCUGGUAUAACUACCCCUACCAGCCCCUCACUGCUGACCUUCACUACUAUUAUAUCCUGGAGCUGUCGUUUUAUUGGUCCUUAAUGGUUUCCCAGUUCACAGACAUCAAAAGGAAGGACUUUGGCAUUAUGUUCCUGCACCACCUUGCAACUAUUUUCUUGAUAACCUUUUCAUACGUCAACAACAUGGCCCGAGUAGGGACCCUGGUUCUCUGUCUUCACGACUCAGCCGAUGCUCUGCUAGAGGCUGCCAAAAUGGCAAAUUAUGCCAAAUUUCAGAAAAUGUGUGAUCUUCUGUUUGUCAUGUUUGCCAUGGUUUUUAUCACCACACGGCUGGGCAUAUUUCCUCUCUGGGUGUUAAACACCACGUUGUUUGAAAGUUGGGAGAUCGUCGGGCCCUACCCGUCCUGGUGGGUUUUUAACCUGCUGCUGUUGCUACUACAAGGGCUGAACUGCUUCUGGUCUUACCUGAUUGUAAAAAUAGCCUGCAAAGCCGUCUCAAAAGGCAAGGCUGGGAAGUGGAACCCUUUACAUGUAUCCAAGGAUGACCGGAGUGAUAUUGAAUCUAGCUCGGAUGAUGAGGACUCAGAACCUCCAGGGAAGAAGCCGCACACUUCAACAACCACCAACGGAACCAGUGGUACCAACGGGUAUCUCCUGACUGGUCCAUGCUCCAUGGAUGAUUAACUACCCAAAACUAUAAGUCCUCAACAAAGUGAACUGUUUGUUCCUGGAAGUAUUUAAUAAGUUGCAAAUGCAGUUCCUUUCCUGAUAUCUCAUCACCAGAGACAAAAAAAAAAAAAAAAAAAAAAAAAUUAGGAUUCUCAAAGCAUUCUGAAUAGUGUACUGCCAUGUGUCCUGUCUGUGAAUGAAGAAGAAAUCCCACUUUAUGUAGGCAUGCUGUAUGUAACUGACACAAGGGAACAAUAUUUGCAUUUGUCUUAGAAUAUUAUUUAUUUUUUUAUUUGUUUGUAAAUCUGUGGACAGUCGAGGAUCCCCUCGCUCCUUUUCCUCUGGGCUCGUGACUGACCGGGAAGGAGAUGCUCCGUCUGUUCUACCCUCUUCUCAUGUUGUAGUCCAGUGUGCCGUGAGCAUCAGCGUCAGCUUACUUCACUUAGAGCAGUAAAACCCCGUGCAGGGUCCCCCACACAGCUCCCGAUAGGUUCCCUUUCUUUCUGUUCUGCACCCAUUUUGUGAUUGCCCAUAUAUAGUCGGUGACUGUUGUCCCGUGGGAGUCUAAACAGGAUGAACCCGGUGUUUUAGCUCUUACUCUUUGUGGUCAAUUAGCAGUUCAAAUGAAAGAGGCUAGCUCUUAGGGGACUUUGGAACUUUAUGUGAAAUUGCUUUGGAAUAGUUUGUCUCUUGCAUACAAAUAUGAGAUUUCUUUGGUGUGGUCGUGAGUUGACCUUGUUGGUAACUCCAAUGAGGCCAGUGUUCUGAUUCUGAAACAGUGUCAUUUGCUUAAGCUCACAGACACAAAGGGACCCACAUGCUGGGGACUUGUUCUGUGUUCGGGAAAUCACAUAAGGAUAGCAACUGACUUCAACCAGGUCUUUUCCAGAAUUCCUACUGUAUUAGCCCAGUCUUCUGUCUUGCCGUGUAAAAAAAAAGCCAAGAAUGUUUUGAGGCAGAAAAAAAAGAAUGAGUCUUUUAAGAGUUGGCAGAGCUACUUUCCGUGCAAAGCGCUAUACUGCCACCAGCUCUCAAAAGAAAGCCCUCCCUAGUGUUAGACUUGUGGGAGAAAGACCAUUUACCCUUCGCCUUUCUCCUUAACUGCAUCCCACAAUGACUUUCUUGUUGCUAAAAAUAUCAGGUUUGCACUGCAAGGCUGUUUUAUUUACCUUUUUGAAGACUCAUGGGGGCUCCUAAGAAUUUUUAUUCAAGUGGAGCUAUUUCCAGAAAAACGGCAAAAAUUCUCCUGGACGAUGGCAGUGAGAGCCAUGAGGAAAGUUACCAAAGAGUAGUUCAUGAGCGCCCCCCACCCCCACCCUGCCCCGCCCAGGCCACUGUCGUUGGCAUGUGGCUUCGAAAACCACAUGUAUGAGCCAAGGAUUUUAUCUCAUCUCAUCUUUGGUAAAAAGGGAAUUGAACAGGUUAUACAAAUACUCCUAUGUAGAAGGAGCUGCAGGCCACUUCCUGCCGCCCGGCUCCCGGCCACCGGCUAGCUUUACCCAAAAUAAUUACACGGAAACUAUAUUCAUUUAAACACUGCCUGGCCCGUUAGCUCUAGCCUCUUAUUGGCUCACUCUCACAUCCUCCUUUAACCCAUAUCUAGUAAUCUGUGUAUCACCACGGGGUUGUGGCUUACCGGGAAGAUUCUAACCCACAUCCAUCUCGGGCCAAAGCUUCAUGGCGGUCUGUCUGACUCUGCUUUCUUCCUCCCAGAAUUCUGUUCUGUCUUCCCCGCCUACCUAUGUUCUGACCUAUCAGACCAAGCAGUUUUCUUUAUUAAAUAACCAAUGAAAGCAACAGAUAGAUAGAAGACACUCCUACAUCACUCCUAAGGCAAGCAUCACCUAAAACAGAAAUCAAAAAAAAAUAAGGGCACUGAGUAGCCAAAAGCAAAAAUGCCACAGGGCAUGUCAUUGUCCUGCCCAGAGCCAUCCAUAGUUCAUUUGGUUUUUCUUUAAUUAAAUCUUUAUACCCUUACUCUGAAACCUGUGAGUGACUAGGUAAGAGAAAAUUCCCGAAGAACUCUCACUGCAAUGUUAGCUCUCUCCCCACCCAAUCACAAAACAGUAUUUUCUGGUAUGGUGCAGAUCAUCAUUUUACGCGCUUGGAAGCAUGUCUACUUGUUGCUGUAGAAGACAGCGCAACCAACUGUGUUUUGAGCUUGGCUGAUUUAUAUGUCUAAGAGUGAAACUUGGAAGUGUUUGAGUUUAUGAGACCAGUGAUAAGCCGCCAAAGGUAUUGUUAGUAAUCAGAGCAUUUGCUCAAAUGUAGAUAGGUGAAAACAAUAGCAGUGUUGAAGGGUGAACCUUUCUCAUCAUCUUAGCUAGGGAGCAAUGCCCAUCUUGCUUUAAUAUCUGGGCACAUCCUCCCAGGGUUGAGAUGAACUUGAGGACCACAGUGUAUUUGAAUUUGAAGCAGGUGACCCUUUUUUUGCACAGUUUGUAAAUUCAGAAGAGGUAUGUAAAAUGAAGAAAGUUGAUUCUGCCCGUGUCAAAGGCAGUUCUAAAGCGGCUAGACUAGGGACGUGUUUUCUGAUCCCAUUAGCUUGACUCGUUCUUCUGCGUGUCUACAAAUUUUUGUUUCAUUUUACAUUCUAGAGAAAAUAAUUCUGUUCGGUGAAUUGAAAUGGAGUUUGUAGGCUUUUCCUGGAAUAGAAUAUUAUUAUCUCUGCUUCCAGAGUGACCAGAUAAGACUGAGAACGGGCACUGUGUGAGGAAUCUUGUCCACCUGUGCCAGACCAUAGCUUUCAGAAGUGUGAUUUGUAAAUCCAGCUACAGGUUAGGUCUGAGUAGUGUUCUUAAUUAGCUUAGGCUGUGGUGAUGUCCCCUUCCUCCUGGUCGCAUUCAGAUUUUCCCAGGGUACCAAGGUGUGUGUAGGAAGGACUCUAGGAAACGUGACUUUUGAUCUCCAGUGUUAUAGCUUACCUAGAUUUAGUGGGCGGGAACGUGGGAAAUCAAGUAGAAUUUGGCCUUGAGUCAAUAAAUGCUGUGUGUGGUUUGUGUGUGUAUAUGUAUGUUUCCCCAAAAAACAGUAAAACAAAAUUAUUACUGACUCAUUUUCACCCAUAUUCUUUCCAUUUAAAAAAUCCAUUCAUAUGUACUCUAGAAGCUUCCCUUCUCCAAGCUCUUUGAGACAGAACCAAGGCCCUAGAGCACCUGCUGUCAACAUAGACGCCAAGCCCAGUUCAGUGUCUCCAGAUCAGGCCUGUGGAUGUUGAGAGGAGAGGAGCAGCUACAAGUAUCAGUAUUGUGGCUCAGUUGAGUGUUCGCUGUAAGAACACAGAUCAUUGCCAUUUAACCCCAGGGUUCUAAAGCUGCUGAACUGCCAGGCGGAGGAUGUCCCACAUCCCCCUCCGAUUGUGCCGCUGGCGUCUAACAGAGAUGAACAAGGUAGACGAGGCAGGAAGCAAGCAAAACUAGGUCAGAUCUUCAGUCCAUAUGAUGGGUGAGUCUCACAAUGUCAACUCUUCAUCUGAACACAGCCAUGUACUCAGCCACGGCGCUGCGCUCAAGGAUAGGCAGCAUGUGCUACCGUGGUCCCAAAAGAUGAUGACAGCCUAGGCACUGAGAGGCCAUACUGUCUGCUUGUAUGUAAGUACACUCAGCGACGUCCAUAGAACAGCAAAGUCAGUUAAGGACACAUUUCUCAGAACGUGUCCCUGUUAAGGGAUAUGUGACUAUACUUGGUAGAGUGUGCGUUUGAGCAAACUGAAUGCCUUCCUUCAUCUUAGAAAGAAGAGGUCUGAGUCUUCCAUCUUUCGUUUAAAUCUCAUUGCUAUUUGGGCUAAGUAAGAAUGAGACUUUGCUGUAGUCUGCCUGUUAAAAAUGACUUCAUUGUAGCUUGCCUACGUCUUUGCUGACAAGUUCUUCUGAGAGAAUGGAUGGCACCCUUGAUUGUCUCCAACCCAUUUAUCUUGUAUUAGUAAUCGUUUGGGUGGAAAUUAAUGCCAAAAUUGCCCGGAUAGUUGAGUAUUUUUCCUAAUUUGAAGUGUAAAAUGCAUACAGAAUUACUCCACAGGUGUCUAUAGGUUCAUUGAUCAGUAUGGGAGAUGAUGUCGUAUCCAGAGAGGCUUCGAUACCUUUGGGAAUAAAAGGCUAAGUGUUCACAUUUUAUGCGGCAUCUAUGGCCUUAAGGCUCUCACUCGCUUACUUUCUUGUCUUUGACUUGUUCCUGCUUAGUAAAUAAGGAAUCAUGGCCCUGAAAUGUUUCUAACAUCCAAAUGAGAAAAAGAUGAAGUGAGGUAAAAGUCAGCCUGAAAGGACAGUGGUGGCGUGGCUCUUUCGGGUUCUUGUGCGGAAAGAAAUGAAGGGAGCACUAACUAUCCCACUUGGCCUCAAGUGUGCUGUCCCUGCCAGGAAUAACGGCAGACUUCUUAGAAAGUGAAACGAGACUUCUUCCUCAAGCCUCUUCUUCCCAACGUCAGCUUCCCUUGCUGAGCUGAAAUUGUGCCACUUUCCAAAUGCCGUAGGCUAAUUAGCAAUAUUCUACCAAUCACAUUUUAGCUCUACAAACUCAGGGGCCAAAGGAGGGCCCCCGUGGUUUGCCUGUGCAAACAUAACACCAACCCGCCCCAAGGAGGCGCCAAGCCGAUGUGAGGGAGCCCUGACCACAGCUGUUGAAACCCCUGUAACCAGUACUCAAAGGUAGCCAGUUAUCAUCAAGAAAAUUGCAAUGAAGAACAUAACUCAUCAUAAGUAAUGAAAUCUGUAGGCACCCUAAGGAGGACCUUGGCCUCUUGCAUGGUCUUGUGACUUGAAUUUAACCAGAGCCUUUGAAAUGAAUGCAUUGGUGGAUGGGUACAUUGAGGCCUCACCAACUCUAAGAAGUGAAAAAGGCCUCUGCCACCGGAUGGCGUAUGGCAUCUGUAGCGGGGUUGGGUAUUUCCAGGAUUGCCAGGAAGUGAUGAGAGGGUUCCAUUAGCCUAGAGCCGAUCUCACUUGUCUCAUUCACUUAAUAAUCCUUUAGCCUUCUGCAGAUCUGGUAAGAGAAAGCCAAAUGCUGGCGUGUUUCUGCUUUUAGUUUACCUGUGACCAUUAGAUCAGCUCUUCCCACACCUCCUCCCGUGUCGGGGCCCAUUUUCCUGGGAGGAAAAAAACAUUAAAAUGUUUCCUUAGCACAGGGCCACAAAGGCUUGGCUUCCUGUACUGUGAGCUCCCUGGGAACCGAGAGGUACUGCGUCAGUCACCAUGGUUUCUAUGUUCAGUGAGAAAGCUGAUUUCCUUCAUAUUUCCUACCCUUUUUACCUACAGUGAAUGUCAAAAACUAUCUGUAAAACUCCUUACUGUGAAGAAUUUUUUUUUUAAUGUUAGCUACAAAGCUCUGUGAUAGUUCUGUGAUGAUUCUGGAACUUCUGCUCAACGGUUAAUUAACAUAAAUGUGGAAAACACACGCCUGUUUGAUUUCCCCUAAGCUCACAGUCUUCAUCGUUCCUUUGCCCGAGCCAUAUUCAUUUACCUCCAUGGCCGUUUGCUGUCAUAGAAAAGGAUGGUGGUUAAUUUGGGAAUGUGUUUCUCUUUUCCGACUUUCAGUGAGGACCAGGGUAGGUGCCGAAGCUCUUUGUUUUCUACAGACAGUUCAGUACUUGAGCUUCUUUCAGAAGUGAAAUAGUGUACCAUUAGCCAGUUAGAAUUAUUCCGUGUACUGUUACCGCGUUUUGCUGAUUUUUAUAUGGAAAUAUAAUUAUUCAUUCUUGAUCUUUGGAAGUAAUU